AUGGUGAUUGUGGUGGUGGUGGUGGUAGUGGCAGUGUUGACUAGUGCAUGUAUUAGUCUAUUAGGCCAAGUGAAGCUCUUGGCUUACCUUAAAAAGAUUGACGAUUUGGUAAGGCAAGAAUCUCCUUUUCCUCUCCCCUUGUUAACAUCAUUUUCUUCUUCAUUCAUAGCUUCUUCUUCUUCCUUAAAAUCUUGUUAUCAAGACACUUUAUUUGUCUUAGCUCAACGACAAUUCUACAAGCUUUGCUAUGUUUAUGGCACAAUCGAUUUCAUAUUUGGUAAUGCGGCAGUCGUGUUUCAAAACUGCAUGAUUUUAGCAAGAAAACCUUUGAAUGGACAAGCAAAUAUGAUAACAGCUCAAGGUCGUGGUGAUCCAUUCCAAAACACGGGAAUAUCAAUUCAUAAUUCUCGUGUUAUGGCAGCACCCGACUUGAAGCCUUUAGUAGGGUCUGUUCAAACAUUCUUGGGCCGACCAUGGCAAGAAUAUUCUAGGACUGUUUACAUGAAAACAUUCAUCGAUACACAUGUUAAUCCACAAGGAUGGUCACCAUGGGGGAAUACUGAUUUUGCAUUUAAGACAUUGUAUUUUGGUGAAUAUGCGUGCUUUGGGCCCGGUGCAACUACACAAAAUAGAGUCGAAUGGCCUGGAUAUCAUGACAUAAAGACACAAAGUGAAGCUUCACAGUUUACCGUAGAAAAUCUUAUAUCGGGUCGGGGUUGGUUGCGGGCUACCGGAAUUCCAUUUAUUGUCGGGUUGUGAUUAUAAAAUUACUUAUUUUUAUAGUUAUCUUACAUUCUUUGAUUUAAGAACCAAAUGCAUAUUUAUGUAUAUAAUUUAAUAAAGACAAAAUUGCAAUAAUUGUCGAUGUUUAGUUGAAAAUUGUCAUUUUAAUUCAAA